AAUUAUUUUUUUUUUACAUUUCUUAACAUUCUCUCCAAAAAGUGUGUGAUGUCAAUACAUAUUGCGGCAGAAGCCCUACCUCCCCAACCCACGCCAGCACUCCCACCCCAACCGCCAGCCCCACAACCACAGCCGGCUCCUCAUCAACCAAGGCAACGGAGGCGUGCUAGGCCACCAAUUUUCAGAACCCGUGUCAGACUUUUUGGGAUGCCAGAUGAUGUGGUGGUGCGUAGAUACCGGCUGCCACCACAUCUAAUCCUAGACACUCUCUCCAUAAUAGAGAGUGAUCUGGAGUCUGAAAUUCGGUAUCCUACAGCAAUACCACCAUUGACACAAUUCCUUGCAGUGUUACAUUUUUUGGCCACAGGAUCAUUCCAGCAUGUGGUUGGAGACCUGGUUGGCAUGUCGCAGGGCCAGUUCAGUAAGGUCCUGCGACGUGUCUGCCAGGCUUUCCUCAAGCGUGUUAAGCAAUUUAUUGCUAUGCCUUUGGAUGUUGGUGCCCUAGAUGUGGUGAAGCGGCAAUUUGCGGAAGGUGGUAGUCGCUUCCCACAUGUUAUUGGGGUUGUGGAUGGCACACAUGUAGCUAUUCAGCCACCAAAACAUAAUGAAGAAAUUUUUAGAAACAGGAAACUGUUUCAUUCUCUGAAUGUAAUGGUUGUUUGUGGGCCAUCCCUCCAGAUCCUUUCCCUGAACGCAAAGUUUACUGGAAGUUCCCAUGAUGCGUAUGUCAUUAGACAAUCAGGGAUAUGGCAGAGAUUAAGAUCAAGUCAACGACCAGACAUGUGGUUAUUGGGAGACCGUGGAUAUCCUUGCACCCCCUGGCUCAUGACUCCUUACCGUAAUCCCAGGCCAGGACCACAGAUGGCAUUUAACUCCGCGCUUACUGCCACUAGGCAGCUGGUGGAGCGCACAAUUGGUGUCCUGAAAGGGCGGUUUCGUGUUCUCCACCGCACUGGUGGCGACAUCAUGUAUUCGCCGGAGAUGGCAAGUAAAAUAGUGGUCCUGUGCGCAAUACUCCAUAAUAUCGCGGUAAGGAGUAGUGUAGAGCUUCCUCAGGCAGAGGAAUUGCCUGAUGAGGAGCCAGGGGUUGUGCCACGCUUCGGUGGGGGGAGUGUGACACGGAGGGGGAGCCAAGUGAGGGCAAGAAUUGUAGCAGAAUAUUUCAGCUGAAUUAUCACACGAACUGUGGUGAGUACACAGAUAUGUUUAGUAUUUGUAACUAAAGUCUGUGUCUCUGUGUGUGUUUUGUUUGCUUAAAUUUGUGUACCAAACAUUUUCGCUUCUGCUAUUGCGUUUUUACGCUCGUGCCAAAUAACACUCUGCUUUUCACAGCAUUGCAAAGAUCAAUAAAGUUAAUAGAAAUGACAACAUAGAUUUUUGACCAAUCACAUGCUAACAGACACUAUAAAUAUAUGCCCAAAUAAGGAAAACGCCAUUGCCAUGAUGCGUGCAGCACCGUUCACCAGGCGGGAGCUCCGCGUGCUGGUUGCGGUGAUGGACCGCCGCGUAGGCCGCGUUGGGCGCUUCAUCCCCAAUCGGGUGAAGCGCGAGGCCUACGCGGAGGUCCGCCGCCUGCUGCGGACGCGAGUCCGCAGCAGGCGGACAAUCAUCCAGCUCGAAAGGAGGUGGAGUGAUCUCCGUAGGCGGACUUCAGAUUUGUUGGCGGAGAUCCGCCAUCAAAUCCGUGCGCUGCAUACACGAAGUAAGUUACCUUACAUAAGUUUUUUGCACUAAAUUGUGCUAAUGUGUUAUUUUCCAAUUUUUGCCCUUCCGUAAUUUAAGUAACAAUUGUUAAAUACAAUGAGCACUGCAGGGGAAGCAUAUGUAACAUGUGCAGAGAGAGUAAGUUUUGGGUGGGGUGUGUUAAAUCAGGUGCAAAAAUUUGCAAGGCUAAAAUAAAGCUGCAUGUAUUUACCCUGGCCAUAAUUUUAAAUUUUAAAAAAAAAACACACUCUCUCGGGACAUGUUAUAUCUGCCACCCCUGCACUGCACAUGCUUUUGGCCAAUUGCCUACUCAAUACCUGCUGUAAACCCCUUGGAUUUGCAGACAUUUUACAGUAAGUGGUAGGCUAAUUGCAACCUGCAAUGCCCUUUUAUGGAAAUUAGGACACUGUGUGUGGUUAGGUAAAACAGUACUGACUGUAGCAAAGUAACACCAAACAAGUGCAUGUUUACAAAAAAUAAGAAGCAGGCAGGAAAUUAAUCCACAAUACUUGAUCAGUGCAGCCUAUAUAAUAAGGUGCCUUGAAUAGUAAUCUGGUGAUGUUGCUGAGACCAAUCACUAUGACUCAAUUGCCUAGAUUAAGGAAUGAGCUUCAAAGUUAAAUUUUAGACUCAUUUUGUUUGCUGUGGCCAACAUGAAGAGGAUCUUAACAUGUUUGCUUUUCUUUGGAACAAAACAAAUAAUUUAACAAUGAACAGAACAUUGAUAAAACAAAUUGAUUACUAUGUAAUUUAUCAUGUUUGAACAAUUUGAACAAUAUUAUCAUUCUAGGACAACAACAACGGCAAAACUCCCCACCCCCUUCCCCUUCUCACUCCCCCUCCCCUUCUCACUCCCCCUCCCCUUCUCACUCCCCCUCCCCUUCUCACUCCCCCUCCCCUUCUCACUCCCCCUCCCCUUCUCACUCCCCCUCAGCUUCCCAGUCCCCCUCAGCUUCCCAGUCCCCCUCAUCUUCCCAGGCCCCAUCAGCUUCCCUGGCCCACUCCACUUUACAUUCCCCUUCUCACCACACCUCUCCAUCUCUUUCUGGGACCCCUUCUCCUCCUUCCCAUACCCCUUCUCCUUCAAAAUCAACAUCACAAUCUGAACCACCCUCACCCUCUAUUGCUUUAACUUUUUCUCCGCCCCCCUCGCCCUCUCAAUCAGACCCCCCCUCUGAAAUUGCGGACCAAAUCCAGCCUCCUUCCCCCAUCCAGCCUCCUUCCACAAUCCCUCCUCCUUCCCCAAUCCCUCCUCCUUCCCCAAUCCCUCCUCCUUCCCCCAUCCCUCCUCCUUCCCCCAUCCAGCCAACAUCCCCACCAAGUGAAUGGGCAGAGGAAGCCCCUGCCGAACGUUCCGGGAGUCUGGAUGUUGCCGUGGAAAAUGUUGCAGUUGGAGAUCCCACAAGUUUUUCAGGGAUACUUUACACCAUGCGCCAACACCUGCAAGGAAUGAUGUAUUGUGUGGACCAUUUGCAAAAAUUUGCUUGACUUGUAUUCUUUU